CGCACGUCCCAGCGUUCCUUUCGUGCCGCCAAGAUGGCGGCGCCCGUGCUGCGGUGCUUUUGUCGGGGUUCGUGGUCGGGUCCCCGGGGCCCGUCAGGAGUCUUGCGUCCAGGGCUGCGUAAAGCCCACUCGGGCGCGCAGGGGCUACUCGCGGCGCAGAGGGCUCGGGGUCUAUUCAAGGAGUUCUUCCCGGAGAGGGGGACGAAGAUAGAGCUCCCGGAGCUCUUCCAUCCGGGCACGGCGGGUUACUCGCCCCAGACUAUUUACUGCGGCUUCGACCCCACGGCCGACUCACUUCACGUGGGGCACCUGCUUGCGCUGCUGGGCCUCUUUCACUUCCAGCGAGCCGGCCACAAUGUGAUUGCACUGGUCGGAGGCGCCACAGCGCGCCUGGGAGACCCCAGCGGCCGCACCAAGGAGCGCGAGGCGCUGGACUCGGAUCGCGUAGAAGCGAACGCGCGCGCCCUCCGCCAAGGGAUCGAGGCGCUGUCAGCUAAUCACCAGCAGCUCUUCAGUGAUGGGAAGACCUGGGGCAGCUUCACGGUGCUGGACAACUCGGCCUGGUACCAGAAACAGCACCUGGUGGACUUCUUGGCAGCAGUGGGUGGCCACUUCCGCAUGGGCACGCUGCUGAGUCGUCUGAGCGUGCAGACUCGGCUCAAGAGCCCCGAGGGCAUGAGUUUGGCGGAGUUCUUUUACCAGGUGCUACAGGCCUAUGACUUCUACUACCUGUUCCAGCGUUACGGAUGCCGGGUCCAGCUGGGCGGGUCUGAUCAGCUGGGCAACAUCAUGUCUGGAUAUGAGUUCAUCCACAAGUUGACUGGAGAAGACGUAUUUGGAAUCACAGUCCCUCUGAUUACCAGUACUACAGGAGCAAAGCUGGGGAAGUCUGCUGGCAAUGCCGUUUGGCUAAACAGAGACAAGACAUCUCCGUUUGAAUUGUAUCAGUUCUUUGUCAGGCAGCAAGACGAUUGCGUGGAAAGGUACCUGAAGCUCUUCACUUUUCUGCCUCUUCCAGAAAUUGACCACAUUAUGCAGCUGCACAUCAAAGAGCCAGAAAAGCGGGCUCCCCAGAAACGGCUGGCUGCAGAAGUGACCAAGCUCGUUCAUGGGCGGGAAGGACUGGGCUCUGCUAAAAGGUGUACACAAGCCCUGUAUCACAGUAGCAUAGACGCGCUGGAGCUCAUGUCUGAUCAGGAGUUAAAAGAGCUGUUUAAAGAAGCUUCAUUUUCUGAAUUAGUUCUUGACCCUGGAACAAGUGUCCUAGAUACAUGCCGCAAAGCAAAUGCCAUUCCAGACGGCCCCCGAGGGUAUCGGAUGAUAACAGAAGGCGGAGUCAGUAUAAACCACAGACAAGUAACAAAUCCUGAGAGUGUUUUAGUUGUUGGACAACAUAUUCUCAAGAAUGGACUUUCUUUACUUAAAAUAGGAAAAAGGAAUUUCUACAUUAUAAAAUGGCUUCAGUUAUAAUGAAAAAUCCUUGUGGCUCUAACAGGCUUGUACAUCAUUCAUUCUGAAGACACAUAAAGUGUUGGCUCCUGAACUUAGACCCUCAUUUACACAGAUCAGAAAAACAGAAUGGACUAGGCCUUACAGUGUGAGUAAUUUUAUUUUUAUGAGUUGGUUAAUAAAUAAGGUGUUUGUUUAA